ACCUUCACCAAACUGUUAACUGUAUGCCUAACACUAACCUUAAAUUAAGACAUAUUAAGCACGUUUUUCAUUAUAUUUUACGAUAGACUUUGUGGCGGUGGUAACUAGUGAAAGCCACACAAAUGUAACAUACACUAAAAAACGUGACCAAGAGAGGUACGUUUACGCUACGUACACUCCGUUGACAGGACAGCGCGCCAAAUUUUGUAAACAAAGCAAGUGAAGCUUUCAACCAGUUAUCCACCAUUUUGAUAAAGAGGAUUUCAAGUCGCAGUUGUAAAUGAGAACUUGUUCUCACCUGUCCUACCUGGUUAAAGAAAGAUAGGGAUGUGGCUACUCGACCAGUGUCAAGCACUGUUCAACACCUCCAGCCUCUAUGGGGUGCUGGGUGUCUCCAAGGAGGCGACAGACGCAGAGAUCCGACACAGCUACUACAAGGUGUCGCUCAGGGUUCACCCAGAUCGUGCUCCCGAAGACCUGCAGGCAACAGAGAAAUUUCAGGUGCUUGGGAAGUUAUAUGCAGUGUUGAGUGACAAGGAGCAGAGGGCAGUGUAUGAUGAGCAGGGACUUGUGGCUGAGGAAUCUGACUCACUGCAGCAGGGCCAAUGCUGGGAGGAGUACUGGAGGUUGCUGUUCCCUAAGAUCACAUUGGAGGACAUCCAGGAGUUUGAGAGGAAGUACAAAGGCACGGAGGAGGAGAGGCAGGAUGUGAUGCAGAUUUACCUGCAGCACCAGGGGGACAUGGACGCCAUCAUGGCCUCAGCCCUGUGCUGCUCUCAGGAGGACGAGCCCAGGAUCACAGCCCUUAUACAGACAGCCAUCCAGGCAGGGGAGCUCACGGCCUACCCUGCAUUCACCCAGGAGAGCACCAGGAAGAAGAAGACACGCAAACAGAAGGCUGAUGAAGAAAGACAAGAAGCUGAGGAGAUGCAGAGAGAGAUGGGACUCAAUGAUGCUGAUGACAGUCUUGUACUGAUGUUAAAGCAAAAGCAGAAGUCCAGAGAGCAGAAUUUUAACUCUUUCCUGUCUGACCUGGAAGCCAAAUACUCCAAGGGAGGAAAAGCCAAAGCAGGAGGGAAAGGAAAAAAGUGAAGACUUCAAACCCUUGAAGUUAAGACAAGGUAGAAGUUAAGGUCAAAUUUGUAUCAAAACUUGACACCUGCAUGCCCCCUAGUCACACAUCUAUCAUGUAUUUCUAUACAAAUUAUCUUCCUGAUCUAAGCUCUGCUAGCACCUCUGCAGAAAGUAGAAUAUGGCUUCUACUGCAGUGAGGUGAAUUGUCCCAGUACUUAAACAGCCCCUCUAGGGGCUGUUUAAGGUUUGUUAGGAAAACAUCUAAUACCUACCUUUUAGUUGGCGUCUCUGUAAGGCUUGUCUUUUCUCUUCCUGUUAAGGUAUGCUAUGUGAAACCCCAAAGUUUUGUGCUUGUCUUUUUUACAUGGGAAUAUAAAAGUCAUGUCCUUAUAAUAGUACAAAGCAGCCAGUCGAAGCAUGUCAGUGUUCAAAAGGCUUUUGUUCCUCCCUGUAUAGUUGGACUUGCCAUUCGGGUCAUCCUACGAAAAUGGUCUUUCCUGUCCCCUGCCUUAACCACCAGGAAAACACUUAUGUUAGAUAAUGACAUGUUAUUUUAAUUUAAGUGUUUUGUUAAUAAAACAUAUGUAAUACAGAUAUUGCAAACUAUUUAUAUAUAGUGCGUUCGGAAAGUAUUCAGACCCCUUGAUUUUCCCCCCACAGUUUUACUUUACAGCCUUAUUCUAAAAUGUAUUAAAAAACAAGUUUUUCCUCAAUCUACACACAAUACCCCAUAAUGACAAAGCAAAAACUGUUUUUUAGACAUUUUUGCAAAUGUAUUUAAAAUGAACUAUCAUAUUUACAUAAGUAUUCAGACCCUUUACUCAGUACCUUGUUGAAGCACCUUUGGCAGCGAUUACAGCCCCGAGCCUUCUUGGGUAUGACGCUACAAGCUUAGCACACCUGUAUUUGGGGAGUAUCUCCCAUUCUUCUCUGCAGAUCCUCAAGCUCUGUCAGGUUGGAUAGGGAUCGUCACUGCACAGCUAUUUUCAGGUCUCUCCAGAGAUGUUCGAUUGGGUUCAAGUCCGGGCUCUGGCUGGGCCACUCAAUGACAUUCAGAGCCUUGUCUCAAAGCCACUCCUGCAUUGUCUUGGCUGUGUGCUUAGGGUCGUUGUCCUGUUGGAAGGUGAAGCUUUUCCCCAGUCUGAGGUCCUGAGCACUCUGAAGCAGGUUUUCAUCAAGGAUCUCUCUGUACUUUGCUCUGUUCAUCUUUCCCUUUAUCCUGACUAGUCUCCCAGUCCCUGACACUGGAAAACAUCCCCACAGCAUGAUGCUGCCACCACCAUGCUUCACUGUAGGGGUGGUGCCAUGUUUCUUCCAGAUGUGACACUUGGCAUUCUGGCCAGAGUUCAAUCUUGGUUUCAUCAAGAUUCAUCUAUAACGUAACAAAAUGUGGAAAAGGGGAAGGGGUCUGAAUACUUUCCAAGUGCACUAUAUAUACAUAUAAAUGUAUAUAUAUAUAUACAUUUAAACUCAGUAUUUCACAAUUCCUGACAUUUAAUCCUAGUAAGAAUUCCCUGUCUUAGGUCAGUUAGGAUCACCACUUUAUUUUAAAAAUGUGAAAUGUCAGAAUAAUAGUUGAGAGAAUUAUUUGUUUCAGCUUUUAUUUCUUUCAUCACAUUCCCAGUGGGUCAGAAGUUUACAUAUAUUCAAUUAGUAUUUGGUAGCAUUGCCUUUUAAAUUGUAAGCUGUUUUUGAAAAGCACAUGGUGAGUCUGCAGUCUCUUCAUGUUAGCAAUUUGAUCAUUCAUUUGGUAAUUUCAUGCGACGCUUUAAGAUCGGUCUCUGGUGUUAGUUUAUAGUAUGGGGGAAAGGAAAUUUGAUUAAAAUAAUUUAUCAAAUCA